AUGACAACGACAACUGUUCGUUUUUAUGAUUCAACAUUUUAUACAAUUGCAUUAACAUCAGUUACUUAUUUAAUAUUUCAAACAUAUUCAAUACGUCCACAUACACAUCGAUUAAUAUUAUUUUUAUCAUUUCUAUGUAGCUGUCUUAGUUGUGAAACAUUUUUUCAUAUAUUUCAACCAAAUUCAAUAAUUUAUUUAUCGAAUUUAAAUAUUACAAAUUAUUUUUCUCCAACAGUUAUUCAUUUAACAUUAUUAUUAUCAAUAUCAUCAUUUCUAUGGAAUGCAACACAAUGUGCUGCAUUAGCAUCAAUACUUCUUCCAUCAAAUUCAUCAACCGAUAAAGAACAACAACCACCAAAUUUUGUUUUACGUCGUUGGCUUCGACACGUAUGUGUUGAUCAUGUAUUUGCACUAUUACUUGUUCGUUUAGGACGAUUAACUGAUGUAGCAACAGUUACAGCAUUAAGUCAUAUGGCAAGUAUAUGUGUUAUUACAAGUUGGUGUUCACAAAUAGCUGUUUUUCCAUGUAUGCUUUGUUUUCUUCAUGCAUUAUUUAAUGAUACAACGACAACAUCUGAUAAAAAUAAUCCUUCAAAUGUAUUAACGACAACUACAGAUGAAUUCAAUUCUGUAUUACAUCGAUUAAAAAUUAUUAAAAUUAUGGGUUUAGCUUUAUUUGGUUUAAAAAUUUCAGCAUUAUCAUUAUGUGAAACAUUAGCAUUAGGAUUAACUGCUAUUAUUUGUUUAUCAUGUCUUGUUGUUGCACCACCUGGACGUGAAAUGUCAAAAUAUACAAGAAUAUUCGAUAUAUUUAUUGGAAAAACACUCGAUGAAGAUAAAGAUAAUACAAUAAAGAAUGAUAAUAAAAAACAACAACAACAACAGAUAAUUCCACGAAAAACACCUAUAUCAAAAACUGAUGAUUCAUAUUCACAUAAUACAGUUCAUCAACGACAAAUAGUUAAUGCAACUCUUUCUCAUUCAGCAUCAUCACCCGGCUUUGUACAACCAUCUUCAACAACUGAAUCAAAAUUAAUACCAACAAAUGUUGUUGAUUAUCCAACUUUAACUGAUGAAGAACUUUUAGUAUUAGUUAAAUCAAAAAAAUUACCAGCACAUAAUCUUGAAAAAUAUUUACCAGUAUUACGAGCAGUUCAUAUUCGUCGUCUCAUGUUAAAUGAACAAUUAAUACAAACAGAAAAUAAAUUAUCAUCACUUGAUUUAUUACCUUAUGAACAUUAUGAUUAUUCAUUAGUUAUUAAUCAAUGUUGUGAAAAUGUUAUUGGAUAUGUUCAAUUACCAAUUGGAUAUGCUGGUCCAUUACGUGUUGAUGAUAAAUAUUAUUAUAUACCUUUAGCAACAACGGAAGGUGCACUUGUUGCUAGUACGAAUCGUGGAUGUAAAGCUGUAUCAAUGUCAAAAACUGGUAUUGAAACAAUUGUUUUCAAUGAUGGUAUGACACGUGGUCCUGUACUUAAAUUUAAUUCUAUUCGACAAGCAUAUGAAGCUUAUCAAUGGUUAGAUGAAAAUUUUGAUGAAGUCAAACAAUAUUUUGAUCGUACAAGUUCAUAUGCACGUUUAACAAGUAUAAAACGAAAUUUAGCUGCACAUUAUUUAUUUGUUCGAUUUGUUGCAACUACCGGUGAUGCAAUGGGUAUGAAUAUGUUAUCAAAAGGUGUUGAAGCUGUAUUAACACUUAUUAGAUCGAAAUGGCCUGAUAGUGUUGAUAUAAUAAGUAUAAGUGGAAAUUAUUGUAUAGAUAAAAAACCAUCAGCAUUAAAUUGGAUUGAUGGACGUGGAAAAUCCGUUGUAGCUGAAGCUGUUAUAUCACAGGAAAUACUUGAACAAGUUCUUAAAACAAAUGCUAGUCGAUUAGUUGAAUUAAAUCAGUCAAAGAAUUUACUUGGUUCAAUAAUGGCUGGUUCAAUUGGUGGAUUUAAUGCACAUGCUGCAAAUAUUGUUGCUGCAAUGUUUAUUGCUUGUGGUCAAGAUCCAGCACAAGUUGUAUCGAGUAGCAAUUGUUUAACAUGGCUUGAAACGACUGGACCAGAAAAACGUGAUUUAUAUAUAUCAUGUACGAUGUAUUCACUUGAAGUUGGAACUAUUGGUGGUGGUACAAAACUAUCCGCACAGAAAGCUUGUUUGCAAAUGCUUGGUAUUGAUGGGUCUUGUAUACAAAUGCCUGGUGAAAAUUCUUGUCAACUUGCUCGCCUAAUAUGUUCAACUGUUUUAGCUGGUGAACUUUCAUUGAUGAGUGCAUUAGCUACGAAUGAUCUUGUCCAUUCUCAUUUGAGACUUAAUCGUAGUGCAACUGCUCUCAGUCAAAUCAAAUAA